AAAAUAGCUCUUCCGUUACAAAAAAUUUUUAACUAUAACAAAAAAAAAAAAAUCAGUUUUAUUAUUAUAACUUCAAAACAAGAAGAAAAAGAGUUAUAUAUAGAAAAAAUAACUUAACGUCUCAAAAUCUUAAAAAGAAGAGAAAACACGAAUAAUUACAACCAAAUAAAGUGAUAUCGAAGUGCUUGCUACGUUUACGUCUGACCUUACACACAUGGAUUACGGGUUUACGGUUCUCAUGACAAAGCAAGCGAUCCUAAUAUUUCAAAAGAAAAUUACAAACAAGUGACAAUUUCAUUCACAAAAAGCUAACAAAAGCAACACAAAUAAUGCUGCACAAAUAAGAAAAAAACGAAAAAAUAAAUCUAGUUAAAAUAGAAAGAGAAAAAAAUUUUGUUCCUCAAAGCAAGAGCAUAAAACCCAAACUGUUACAAUGAAAGAAUAAAAACAUCCACAUAUUGUGCUUCAUAAAAAGUGACAAAAUUUGUUUUCAUUUAACAUCAUAAUUCGCCAAGGACUGCAAGUCCUCAAGAGCGCUUGCGCUUGAGCUCUGCCAUCAUCAUUAAUCCCAACUGCCGCCGAAAGGCCUUUAUCGCCGCCAAGCAACACAACACAUUUAUCAUCAACACAAAAUGUCUUUGUACGCCUGCGCCACCAUUUUGGCCUUUGUGGCCAUAAGCAGCACCAGCCUCGUGAGCCCCGUCCGGGCACAAUGCUCAUGGGAGUUUGUGCGCACCACCAUGGACAUAAAAUGUAACAUACGUGCCAUCGAUGCUUCACAACAAUUGGAUUUACAAGUGGCCGAAACGGCAGCUCGCCUCGAGAUAGCCUGCUCCAACGAUGUGUUGUAUGCCAGUGAUUUGGCUGCCAACACCUUCGGUCGUUUGCAAAAGCUAUCGGAGUUACAAAUCGAAUCGUGCAAAAUGCAACGUCUAUCGGAGAACACUUUCGAUGGCUUGAUGUCGCUAAAACGUUUAACGGUGCAGACCCACAAUGCCGUUUGGGGUCCCGGCAAGACACUCGAGAUUAUGCCGCAAACAUUUAACGGUCUCCGGGAAUUGUCCGAAUUGAGUUUGGGCGACAACAAUAUACGCCAGCUGCCCGAGGGUGUGUGGUGUUCCAUGCAGAAUCUCCAGGUUCUUAAUUUGACCUCCAAUCGCAUAAGAGCCGCCGAGAGUCUGGGCUUCUCCGAGAAAUUGUGUGCGCCCAAUGGCAAGGGUGCCAGCGGUGGCGCUGAAUUGCAAGUCUUGGAUGUUUCGUAUAACGAAUUGCGUUCUUUACCCGAUGUCUGGGGUGCCUCACGCCUGCGCCGUUUGCAACAAUUGAAUUUGCAACACAACAACAUUUCAUCUUUGGCCGCCAACUCCUUGGCUGGCUUGUCUUCGUUGCGUGUCCUCAAUCUGUCCUUCAAUCAUUUGGAGUCACUGCCCGCCGACUCUUUUGCCGGCAACAAGGAGUUGCGAGAAAUCCACUUGCAGGGCAACGAGUUGUAUGAUUUGCCCAAAGGCCUUUUCCAUCGUCUCGAACAGUUGUUGGUCUUGGACUUGAGUGGCAACCAAUUGACUUCGCACCAUGUCGACAAUAACACCUUUGCUGGCUUGAUUCGCCUCAUCGUUCUCAAUUUGGCUAACAAUGCGUUGACUCGCAUUGGCUCGAAAACCUUUAAGGAAUUGUAUUUCCUGCAAAUUCUUGAUAUGCGCAACAAUUCCAUUGGCCACAUAGAAGAUGGUGCCUUCCUGCCUUUGUACAACCUUCACACACUGAAUUUAGCCGAAAACCGCCUCCACACCCUGGACAACAAAAUCUUCAAUGGACUGUAUGUGCUCAACAAGUUGACGUUGAACAACAAUUUGGUCAGCAUUGUUGAGGCUCAGGCCUUCCGCAACUGCUCCGAUUUGAAGGAGCUCGACCUAAGCUCCAACCAACUGGCCGAGGUUCCCGAAGCUGUGCAAGAUCUGAGCAUGCUGAAAACCUUGGAUUUGGGAGAAAACCAAAUUUCGGACUUCAAAAAUGGCACCUUCCGCAAUCUGAACCAGCUAACCGGUUUGCGUUUGAUCGACAAUCGCAUUGGCAACAUCACCGUGGGCAUGUUCAGCGAUUUGCCUCGUUUAAGUGUUUUAAAUUUGGCCAAGAAUCGCAUACAAUCCAUUGAACGUGGCGCCUUUGACAAGAACACCGAGAUUGAGGCCAUACGCCUGGAUAAGAACUUCCUCACCGACAUCAAUGGCAUUUUUGCCACUUUGGCUUCGCUGCUGUGGCUGAAUCUCUCGGAAAAUCAUUUGGUGUGGUUCGAUUAUGCUUUCAUACCCUCGAAUCUCAAGUGGCUGGAUAUUCAUGGCAAUUACAUUGAGGCCUUGGGCAACUACUACAAAUUGCAGGAGGAAAUACGCGUAACCACUUUGGAUGCCAGCCACAACCGCAUUACCGAAAUUGGUGCUAUGGCCGUUCCCAACUCCAUUGAGUUGCUUUUCAUUAACAACAACAUCAUUGGCCAGGUCCAGCCCAACACCUUUGUGGACAAGACAAAAUUGUCUCGCGUCGAUUUGUAUGCCAAUGUCUUGUCGAAACUGGCCUUGAACUCGUUGCGCGUGGCUCCAGUGGCGGUUGAUAAACCCGUUCCCGAAUUCUACUUGGGCGGCAAUCCCUUCGAGUGUGACUGCAGCAUGGAGUGGCUGCAACGCAUCAACAACAUGACUACACGCCAACAUCCUCGCAUCAUCGAUUUGGCCAACAUUGAAUGUCUAAUGCCGCACAGCCGCAACGCCCCCAUCAGACCAUUGACGUCAUUGUCCAGCAGCGACUUUGUCUGCAAGUACAACUCCCACUGUCCGGCGACCUGCCACUGCUGCGAUUUCGAACAAUGCGACUGUGAAAUGGUCUGUCCUGAGAAUUGUACCUGUUUCCAUGACGCUACCUGGUCCACCAACAUUGUCGACUGUGGGAAACAAAAUCGCAUUAGCUUGCCCCUGCGUAUACCGCUCGAUGUGACCGACUUGUAUUUGGAUGGCAAUAAUCUGCCCGUAAUCGAUGCUCAGGUGUUUGCUGGCAAACGUAAUCUACGUGCUCUCUACCUGAACUCCUCGAAUGUGGUGACUAUCCAAAAUGCUUCGUUGAGCGAGCUCAGCAUGUUGCGUUCCCUACACUUGGAGAACAAUAAGUUGCAGGCAUUGGAUGGCAGCGAAUUCAAUCAAUUGUCUUUGCUUAAGGAAUUGUACUUGCACAACAACCUGCUCACCGCCAUCUCCAACAGCACCUUUGCUCCGUUGGUCUCAUUGAAGGUAUUGCGUUUGGACAACAAUCGUUUGACAUCAAUGCCCAUUGCUCAGUUGGCCAAUCUGCAAUACCGCAACAGUCUGCAAGGCCUGACAAUGGGUCGCAACUCCUGGUCUUGUCGCUGCCAGUUCCUGCAGACUUUGGCCCAAUUUGUGGCCGACAAUGCCAUGGUCAUACGUGACUCCCAGGACAUCUACUGUGUGGACAAUGGUGUUAAGCGAGAGCUAGAAUUGUUCACCCAGCACGGUGUGGACUGCAGUGAAUUGAUGGAGAAUGCCAGCAACAUGGCUUCCCAGGAUGUUUCCGGUGGCUAUGUGCCAUUGUUGGCCGCUGUCUUGGUUUUGAUCUUUCUAAUUGUUGUGCUGAUCAUUGUCUUCGUCUUCAGAGAGUCGGUGAGAAUGUGGCUAUUUGCCCACUAUGGAGUGAGAGUAUGUGAGCCUCGCUUUGAGGAUGCUGGCAAAUUGUAUGAUGCCAUUAUUCUACAUUCCGAAAAGGACUAUGAAUUUGUGUGCCGCAACAUUGCCACUGAACUGGAGCAUGGCCGCCCACCCUUCCGUUUGUGUAUACAGCAGCGUGAUUUGCCUCCUCAAGCCAGCCAAUUGCAAAUUGUGGAGGCCGCCAGGGCUUCCAGGAAAAUUAUUUUGGUUUUGACACGCAAUCUACUGGCCACCGAGUGGAAUCGCUUGGAAUUCCGCAAUGCCUUCCACGAAGCAUUGAGGGGAUUGGCCCAAAAAUUGGUCAUCAUCGAAGAGACCAAUGUAUCGGCCGAGGCUGAAGAUGUUGCUGAAUUGUCGCCAUAUUUGAAAUCAGUGCCUUCCAAUCGCCUGCUGACCUGCGAUCGCUACUUCUGGGAGAAGUUGCGCUAUGCCAUACCCAUUGAAUUGUCACCACGCGGCAACAACUACACCCUGGAUCACCAUGAACGCUUCAAGCAGCCCGUUUCCCCCGGCGUACUCUUCAGACAGGCACCACCGCCGCCAGCCUACUAUCAGGAGGAUAUGGAGGCCAAUUAUUCGUCGGCCACCACUGCCACACCCUCGCCACGACCCACCCGCCAUGGCCAGCGCAUUGUGGAUGCCAUGCCCAUGCGUCCACCCAGUGAGCAUAUCUAUCACAGCAUUGAGUCCGAGUAUGGCUAUGAGCAGCAUGAGGCUUUGUCCAUGAUUCCCAAUGGCAUGACCAGUAGUCGCCAUCAUCCUCACCAUCAGCAGCAUUUGGCUCCGCCUCCAAACGCUAUUUUCCGCCAAAGUAACAACCCUCGUUUGUCAAUGUCCGCUGGCAAUGCGGCAGCAGCUCAACAGUGGAGACCCACCACUUUAAUGCCACAGCCAAUGCAGCAGCCAAUGCAGCAGCAGCAACAACAACAAUUCCAGCCUGCCACAGCGCCCAUACAUUUGCGCAGUGGUAGCAAUUUAAGCCAAUGCAGUACCAGCACACAAUCAACCGCCGCUCUGGCGCAAACACCCCAGCCGCAAGCUUCCACUUCCGCGGCUGCGCAACAGCAACUACAGCAAGCAGCUGCCACAGGUGUGACUACAGCAACGACAGCCACCAGCAAUAGCGAGGCCCCGGCAACGGCGACGAAUAAAAACAACACAAAUCAAGCCUUCUUAGUGUAAGGGAAACGCUGCGAAAAAGGGUAAGGGCCAGGGUAGCUAAGAAAACGCCAACAAACAAACGACUUCGCCAAAGCGAAGCAGCCAUUUCUACAAACAAGCCGUCAGCCACUUCCCAUCCGGGCGAUGGGCAAGAAUAAUGAAGACGACUUACACACACACACACACACACACACGUAGAGGCCAUGUUUCAAGAUGGAGUAUAUCGCGCAGCGUAAGCUUUAUGUAGUGCUGAUGGAUAAUGAUGAUGAUGGCGACGACGAAGAAACAUCCUUCUUCUCAUGUCGAGCACGACACACACAUUCAUGCAUACUCAGCCAUACACUCACACUCACACUACGCUACACUACACCACACUGUGCGGAUAGCGAUGGACCCCCAUACAAACUUAACACAAAAGACUUUCCAUAGGAAUAGAAUAGGUAAACUAGGCAUUUAACCACUAAUGAAGGAUCGAUGCAGCAUGAAGCAGACGAGGUAGUUGAGGUAAAACACUCAAAUCUAAAGAGAAAAAGAGUACCACUUUUUUCAAAUUCAAUGUGAUAUUAAAUAAUUAUUUAACUAAAACAAAACAAAAAUGAAAAAAAAAACACAAAAAACUAACUUUAACACAAAACAAACUCUAAUGUAUUAUAAACGAAUAGUUAAUCUAAAUUAUAUGUAUCGAUGACGACAGAUAGAUGUCAAGCGAAAGAAACAUUCAAAGCCACUUAAAUUAUAAUAUUAUCAUUAUAACGAUGACUAUUAUUAAUAAUUUGUUA